AUGGCUCAUUUUAUUGAUAAUGAUUGGAACUUGAAUAAUAGAAUAAUAAAUCUUAUAAAAGUUUCUAAUCAUAAAGGGGCAACAAUAGGAGAAGAGAUUGAGUCAUCUAUUCUUCAAUUGGGUAUAAAGAAAAUAUUUACCAUUAUUGUCAAUAAUGCAUCUUCCAAUCAAAUUGCUAUCGAUUAUUUGAGAAGAAGGGCCAAAGUUAGAAAUUGUAUUGUAUUGGAUAAUGAGUUUAUGUAUAGACGAUGUUGUACACAUAUUUUAAAUCUCAUUGUUAAUGAAGGGUUGAAAGAAGUUAAUGAGUUGGUUGUGAAGGUCCGAAAUGCAGUGAAGUAUAUGAAGUCUUCCCCUGCAAGACCCGAUAAAUUCAAGUUAUGUGCUGACAAGCAAAAUAUAUUGGGUGGCGGGCUACUUUGUCUUGAUGUUCCAACUAGGUGGAACUCUACAUAUCUAAUGUUGACUAUGGCUCUAAAGUAUGGUGCUACUUUUGACCUAAUGCAAGAUGAAUACGGUCAAUUUGUACUACAUCUCUUGGAGAUUGGAGGGAGGGAACCAAAAUCUGAUAAUUGGAAAACCAUUGAUGCCUUUGUAUCAUUUUUGAAGAUUUUCUAUGAUGUCACUUUACAGAUUUCGAGAUCAACUAAUGCAAAUUCAAAUUUUUUCAUUAAAGAAGUUGCUAAACUAUAUAGGCAUCUUAACAAAUUUUCUCAAAGUGUUGAUAAGAAGUUGGCAAUCAUGUCAGAGAGGAUGCUAUUGAAAUAUAAUAACUAUUGGGGUGAUUUUGAGAAGGUGAACAAAAUCUUGUUCAUUGCAACUAUGCUUGACCCACGCUCCAAAUUGGAAGUUUUGGAGUUUUGGUUUAUUGACUUUCUUGGCCCCGGUGAGCAUCCGAGCUUGUUGCACUACUAA